AUGGAUAGGGUGACACAGAUGGCAUCAGAGAGGCCAGUGGUGAUCUUCAGCAGGAGUUCCUGCUGCAUGUGCCACACCAUCAAAACCCUCUUCAGUGACUUUGGAGUGAAUCCAAAUGUUCAUGAACUUGAUGAGAUACCUAGAGGGAAGGACAUUGAGCAAGCUCUUUCAAGGCUAGGGUGCAGCCCCUCUGUGCCUGCUGUGUUCAUUGGUGGUGAGCUUGUUGGUGGAGCCAAUGAAGUGAUGAGCCUUCAUCUAAACAGGUCCUUAAUCCCAAUGCUUAGGACAGCAGGAGCUCUUUGGGUUUGA